AUGAGCGAUACUAGUUCGGAUUCUUUGGAAGACUGCCCUGAAGGCAGAAAUCAAGACACUAAUGGCAUAGACCAAGGCACUUCAAGCAAUGGACACAGCUCGAACGAUCUACAUUUAACCACGUGUGUGAAUUGCAACACUUCUUACGCGGCGGGUGAGAGAACAUGGCUAAAUCGGAAAGCUUGGGCCUUAGAGAAAAAACUUGCACUAAUGGCCGGCAAAGCGGCGUUUGACUUGGAGGCGUUUAUAUUUAAACAUGUCUUACCGGCCAAAGUUAUCAGACCUUUCAUAUUCCCUCGAACAAUUGACGAAAUGGCAAGUUAUAUUGAGAAUUGCUCUACGGACGCCGAGAGAGAAGACAUGCGCUCUUCACGUGCAAAAUGGGAUGAGUUACGUACUGAGAUUAACUGGACUGUGGUCCAUGAACAAGUGCUAACCAGCGCCAAGCAGAGUUACUUGAUGAUAAAACCUCCUUCGGACAUGGUGAAGGAGAUUAAUGCUACAAAGCGAAGCACGAAUGAUUUGAUACGAGCGUUCAGAACUGCCCUUCCUGUUCAUCUUAGACCCGCUGGGGAUGAAAUUGUUGAAAUUAUGUUGAAAUUAAAUUUAGUGUGA